AUGGCACGCACCAAGCAGACAGCGCGCAAGUCGACCGGCGGCAAGGCGCCCCGCAAGCAGCUCGCCACCAAGGCGGCGCGCAAGUCGGCCCCCGCCACCGGCGGCGUCAAGAAGCCGCACCGCUACCGCCCGGGCACCGUCGCGCUCCGCGAGAUCCGCCGCUACCAG